UACAAUCGCGUGUUAACCUUCUCUACUGGCGCAGUAUGCUUUCGUCCUUCGCGCAAGCAAGAUUGCGCCAAUCGUGGCGCUUACAAUUUCAACCACGUGUCAUCAUAUCGAUCUAAUAUUUAACGCGCCAAAAAAAAAAAAGAAAAAAAAAAAAACCCCAUUUAUUAAAUCCGUUUAAAAGCUUGAAAAAAAAAUAUAAAAUUUUUUAAAAAUUAACUUUUGACAAUAGAAAAAAGUGAAAAGAAAAGAAAAAAAAAUAUAAUUAAAUUUGAAUAAUAUUAUUGUGAAAAUUAAAUGGAAUAGAAAAUUAAUAGUGAUUAUUAUACUAAUUUUCAAGUGAAAAAAAUAAAAUUAUAAAUUACACAAAAGUUUCUGGAUAUUUUAUUUUCAACACCAUUAGACAUUGAGCUUAAAAAAAAACUUACACAUAUAUAUUUCUGGAUAAUGAUUUUAAAUUGUUAAUCUCAAGUUAUCAAGUGAAAAAAAAAAAAAAAAAUUAUAAAUUAUCUUCAAUCAAGGGUUGACUUGUUAAAAGCAUUAGUAAGCAAUUUAUGCGACCACCCUUACGUCAACUAUACAUUUGAUUUUUUAAAGUUUAUAAUUUUUUAUAUUUUUUGUUUCACUAGUAUGAAGUACAGUGAGACAGGCUCCACCUUCAAGAAGCAAUAACAAUGCAAAAUCAUUACUCAGAUAGAGUACUUUGAUAUCACGAAACAUAUACAUUAUAAUAUAUUCAACCGGUACUGUGCCGAGUUUAAUCUUUUGAUCAGUUAAAAAAAAAUAUCAUUUAAAAUAAAAAAAAAAAAAGAGUAAUAAUAAUAACAAUGAACAAUUUACGUUUAUAAUAAAUUUAAUAAACGAUAAUAAAAUAUUCAUCACCAAUGAAUAAGUUGAUUUUAUAAAAAGAUUUUAUAAAACUUGAGUGAGAUACGAUGAUUUGUGUUAUAUUAUGUCAAGUCAUUUGAUGACUUGAAAACUCUUUAUAAGUAAUUUUUACCUUAAUUAUGUCUGACCAAUGUAAACCAAGUAAAAAAAAACUUGAUCGGGUUGUCUCACUUGAGACUAAAAGACAACUUACUGGAAAAAUUGAUUGAACUUUAAUCAAAUAAACAGUGGCUUAAUUAGGACAAUAAAAUCCAGGGUGCAAGCACCACUUUUUUUUCUCAUCUUUUCCAUUUAGUUUUAUCCAUUUUUUUUUUUUUUUUUUUAUAUUAAGUGGUAUAGAGAAUCAAAAGCCGCACUUGGAUAUUUGUACUUGUUGAGAGCCAUAAAUGGAUCUGGCUGGGUGGUGCGCAAAACGCGUUUAUACACACACUCUGAUGAACAGUUGAUAUCGCGUGGGUUGUCUAGCCCCUUUUGAUAAAACAUUAACAAUUUUUUAUUUUUUUAAAUUUAUAUAAUAUUUAUUUUUCAUCUAUAUUAAGCUUUUCGUUAACACGCAACCAAGUGAGUGGUAAUAAAAAAAAAAAAGUUUUAUAAUAAAUAAAUAAAAAAAAAGGUGAAGUGGUUAUAAUAUAACAUAAAAUGAUGUAUUAUUUGCAUAAAUACGUGGGUUUAAUUUUUCUAUUUGAAUAAUAGAAAAUAAAGCGUGGGUAUUUAGUACUAUUGUUGAUUCAAUAAACAGUAAGAAUUAUGUGGGUAGUUUAUCUUACAUUUAUUUAAUAAUGAAGACGGAAGUUGUAAGAAAUGAAAAAAAAAAAUUGUCAAAAAAUAAAUUUAAUUUAAUAUAUGAUAAAAAAUAAAAUCAGUUAAAAAAACAUCAUUAUAAUAUUAAAAUGAUGAAUAAGUGGUAUUUUGUGGUUAUGUAUUUAAUUAAAAUUUAAUUAUAAAAUAUAAAAAAAAUGAUGAUAAUUGUGGUUUUAAAAAAUUAUAAAAAUAUUUGUGUUAUGAAGAUUUUAAAUUUUUAAAUAUUAAUAUAUAUUUUUCUUUCAAUUUGUGAGGUAAUAAAGAUAUUGUGUAUUUGUUAUAAAAUGAUUGGAAUUUAUUGUGUUUAAAAAGGGGAUAAAUUGAAAAAUAUAUUUAAUUUAGUGUUGAGAUUUUAAAAUAAAAAAAUUAAGUGAAUAUUUUUUAUGAAUGGAACAAGGAUCAUCAAGCCGGAAGUUACUUGUGGAUUGAGACAAUAGCAUGUUAGUUGUUGGUAUGAAACGAUUAUGCAGAGUUGGACUUGCUGCAGUCCUUGCGACGGCACUUUGCGUACUUACGCUUGUUGACAUGCCAUUGCAGCUACCUGAAUCACAAACAGAUUCUCCUCCCACGUCUGGUAUUGAGCCUCCAGGCACAAGAAGUAUCGUAGCAUAUUCAUGGGCACGUAGAUUGGCACUGGAUUAUCGUCCCUCACAUGAAUGUACAUAUAAUGGAUCAAUAUCAGAAUCAUCAACAAAUAAAUUGAAUAUUGUACAUGAAAGUUGGACCGAAACAAUAUCAAAUAAUUUAUUUCUAUACAGUGGUUACUUGGAUAUCAGAGUUACUGGUUAUCCAAGUGUCAGAGUGAUUGGCGUUAAACGAGAACCCAUGACAUCGGGAAUUCUUUUUUGCACUAUUUGGCAAAAAGAUCAUGAUGGAAUACAUUCUUAUAGUAUGGAAGCAAUAAUAUCAGAUAUUUGGUUGGAUGAAUGGACAACAACGUCAAUUGGUUACACUGGUAUACUUAUAACUUGUCCACUUCCAGAUCAUGCAUCACAUCCAUCACAUGUAUAUAUUGGUACAACAUCAUGCUAUAAAAAUCCUAGUCAUAGUUUAAUAGUCAAACAACCCCUGAAUAUACAAAAUAAAAUUGAUUUUACCCUAUGUGUAAAAGGUCUUGAUUUUGAUAAAGAUAUUAGUCAAAAAAUCAUAGCAUUUAUUGAGCUAUCACGUAUACUUGGUGCUGGUAUGAUUUAUAUUUAUGUAUUUAAUAUUCAUAAUAAUGUUAAAAAAGUAUUAAAUUAUUAUGAAAAAACAAAUAUUAUUAAAUGGUUUAAUAUUAAUUUACCUGGUAAUUUACCUAAUGAUAAAAUUAAUAGAAGAAAAUUAUUUAAUAAAAAUAUAUGGAUUAAAAGAAGAAUGGAAUUAAUACCAUAUAAUCAUUGUUUUUAUGAUAAUAUUUAUCAAUCAAAUUAUAUUAUACCAAUUGAUAUUGAUGAAAUGAUUAUACCAAUUGGUACUAUUAAUUGGUCACAACUUAUUAUUAAUGAAAAAAAAAAAUUAGGUAAAUCAUUCAAUGAUUAUGCAUCAUAUGCUGUGAGAAAUGUAUUUUUUUUUCCAGAAUUAAAAAAAACAACUAAUAAUAAUAAUAAUAGUAGUAGUAAUAACAAUAAUAAUAAUAAUAAUAAAUUUAAAAGUGAUGAUGACGUUGCUAUUGUUGCUGAUAAUAAUAACAAUAAUAAUAAUGAUAAUAGUAUUGAUGAGGAAAAGAAUGAUGAUGAUGAUGAUAAUAUUGAAUAUCUCAAUUAUCUUGAAAUUUUAAGAACAUCCAUUGUAUCACCUGAAGGUGAUUCAGUUAAAAGUUUUAUUUCAACUAAACGCACACUCACUGUUCACAAUCACUAUGCACUUAUGACUUUAAAUCCAUCAACAAGACGUGCACAUCAUUUUGAUCCUGGUGAUGUAUUAAAGCAUCAUUAUAGAAAGUGUGAUGGUGAACAUUUUGAUUGUAAUCUCAUGAUGAAUGAUGUUACAAUUGAUGAGUCAAUAUUACGAUAUGCUGAAAUACUUAAAACAAGAGUCAAAAAUGCCUUAUUUAAUAUAAUGCUUUAAUAGAUUAAUUUUAUUGUAAAUAAAAAAAUAUGUAUUUAAAUUAUUUUUAAUUAGUUUUUUUAAUUAUUUAUGUAUUUUAUUAUUAUUUUCAUUAUAAAUAAAUUAAUAAUAAUGCAUUAUGAUAAUAUUUUGAUGAAGAUUUCAACAAGUGCAUUGCAAUGGAAUGCUGAGAUAUUUUAUAAUGAAACAAUUACAAAUUGAAUGAUGCUUGUUGUUAGAUGCUAGAUUUAAUUGUAUUAAAAUUGUAAUAUACAUCAAAAAAAAAAUUAUAUAAAAUCAACAGUCAAUUAAAUUAUGAUUUUAUUUAUAAAUUUUUAUUAUAAAAAUUGUCACUUUUUUUAUAUUUUUAAAUAAAAUAUUUUAAUAAAUUUUUUGAUUAUUUUAUUAUUCAAUAUACAUGUAUAUAAAAAUGAAAUUUGACAUGUUUUUUUUCUGAUUUUAAAAUUAUUAUAUAAUGCAAAGUAUGAAGAGAAAAAAAUAUAAAAUUUAAAUGUUCAAUAUGUGAGUUAUUGAUCAAUAUUUUUAUAUUCAAUUUUUUUGUUUUUUUUUUUUCAUGUUGUAUUUUUUUUUCGACUGUAAAUAUUUUUAAAAAUUAAUUAUAUUACUUAAAUAAUUUCGAUAAGUAAUAAAUUGAUUAGAAAAUUUUUUAAUAAACAAAAA